AAUAAAGGGAAAAAGAAAAAUCCCAGAAAGUGCAUAUUACAAACCGCCAACUAUUUAUCGCUGUUUAGCCAAUUAUUAUUCUGUCCUCUUCGUUUCGUUCGUCUCCUCUCUAUUUCUUUUUAUCAUCGAAAAAAUAUCAUUAAUCAAAAUUAGUGAAUUAUUCCGAAUUAUUAUAUUAAUUAUUAUUCCAUUUCUGUUUAUAUAUAUAUAGAUACAGGUGUUAGAUUAUUUUUCCGAUCCUUCCUGCUCCGCCACGAUAUUUAGUUCACCUAGUUUCGAUUCGAAUUUGAAUUUCUUGUUUAAGGGGGGGGUCAAUUAGGGUUCGUGUAGAAAUGGGAAGCCCUAAGAAGAAUCAAAACAAAGGUGGCUUCUUUGCCGCCAUGUCUUCCGGUUUGUCCAUGUUCGGAAACGCCAUGCAUAGAUCUAUCAACGGUUUGCUUGGAUAUGAGGGCUUGGAAGUCAUUAAUCCAGAGGGUGGUAAAGAAGACGCAGAAGAGGAAGCUCACAAAGGGAGAUGGAGACAAGAGGAACGAGACAGCUACUGGAAGAUGAUGCAGAAUUAUAUUGGCAUGGAUGUCACCUCGAUGGUGACUCUUCCCGUCCUCAUAUUUGAGCCAAUGACAAUGCUGCAAAAAAUGGCAGAGCUGAUGGAGUAUUCACAACUUUUAGAUAAAGCAGAUGAAUGUGAGGAUCCGUACAUGCGGUUGGUCUAUACCACAUCAUGGGCGAUAUCUGUCUAUUAUGCUUAUCAGCGCACUUGGAAGCCCUUUAAUCCAAUUCUUGGCGAGACUUAUGAGUUGGUUAACCACAAUGGGAUAACAUUCAUUUCAGAACAGGUAAGUCAUCAUCCACCAAUGAGUGCAGGGCAUGCUGAAAACGAGCAUUUCAUCUAUGAUGUGACAUCAAAGUUGAAAACUAAAUUUUUGGGGAACUCACUGGAUGUUUAUCCUGUUGGAAGAACUCGUGUUGUUCUCAAAAGAGAUGGUACGGUCUUUGAAUUGGUACCCCCUCCGACGAAAGUUAACAAUUUGAUAUUUGGACGAACUUGGGUUGAUUCACCUGGGGAGAUGGUUAUGACAAAUCUGACUACCGGAGACAAAGCUGUCCUCUAUUUUCAACCAUGUGGUUGGUUUGGGGCUGGUCGGUAUGAGGUGGAUGGGUACGUUUAUAAUGCUGCCGAGGAACCCAAGAUAUUGAUGACUGGAAAGUGGAACGAGUUCAUGAGUUAUCAGCCGUGUGAUCUGGAAGGAGAACCCCUUACUGGUACAGAGCUGAAAGAGGUUAGUUUCCUCUGUUAGCAUUGUGUAGCUUUUGAAUUUGCUGCUCUUCCAUCCACUCUCUAGUUGUGUUUAAAAAAAAUUCUCUGGGAUGUGUCAUGCGGGGAGCUAUUUAGUGCUUGUUUGGACGUCAACUUACAUUUCAUUUUGCCACUUAAAAGUGGAAAAUGUUUCAAAUUGAAAACUAAAUGGGAAAUAAAAAUGCUGUUUGGAUGUUGGUUUUGAAAAAAAGUAUUUUGAACUACAUUUUGAAAUAUCAAGUACAAGUCAUCACUAAACAAUUAAAUACUGUCAAUUAUAGUCACUGCAAAGAAGAACUUUUCCAAAAACAAUCAUUCAACGACGGAAUCCUGCCAAAUUUGUCACUAUUUGUAGUUCUAAAAUGGUCAUUACACUAACAAAAAGUGUUUCAAGUUGGAAUUUAAAAUGUAAAUCAGAAAGUUGUUUGGAUGAUGUUUUCUUUUCCAUUGGGUUUUGUGUUUAAGAGGUAAAAUGAGUGAAAAUGUAAAAUGAACUAUUGUCCAAACAAGGCCUAUUUUUUGGUUACCUGUCGUCUCCAAUGCCAUUUUGUUGGUAAGUUUGAGUGUACAACUCUAUAUUGUUUGUACACCUCAGCAGCUUCUAUUCUGAAUCACCAGAAUAUGAUCUCUCUGAAAUGUGUACUCUUUGGCUUAACUUUUACUCCAAUUUCUUUUUGCUCCAUGGUUGAAGUUAAUCGGCUUAUAAUUUGACUGCACCUUUGUCGUCUUGAGAGUAGAUAACUGAAUUUUAAUUUUAUUGUUUUUCUUAAAGGUGUGGCGAGUUGCUCCUGUUCCAGAAAAUGACAAAUUCCAGUAUACUCACUUCGCUCAUAAAAUAAACAGCUUUGACACAGCGCCAAAGAAACUGUUAGCUUCGGAUUCCCGUUUGCGUCCUGAUAGAUAUGCUCUAGAGAAAGGUGAUCUUUCAAAAGCUGGUGCCGAAAAAAGCAGGUCUCUCUCUCUCUCUCUCUCUCCCCCCCCCCCUUCCCCACAACCCUUAGCAUGCAUUUGUACACAAUGAUUGCUUUUGUGGAAGAUUCCCGUUGUGUUACUGCUUUGUAGCACGGGUGUCUAAACAGGCCAUUCACGAGAAUUCUUCUAAGCUUUGAUCGUAAGUUUGGCUUUUUCUCUUGGCACUCUGGUUCAAAUUAUUUGUUGUCUGAGUAUCCUCUCCGUAGUGGUCAUGAACUUCGUGACUUGUUAGCAACACUUGUUUGGGCAGUAUCAUUUUUUGCUUGUCGUGGAGUCAUCAUUUUGUGAGCUGAUCGCUUUCAUUUAUGCUUUAUCAGCAGUUAUGAUAUAUGUGGGACGUAGGAUCUAAUGUUGCGCGUGCUGUUUAUUAAACUGAGUUUGAUCCAUGCUGAAAAUAAGCCGUUGUAUUUGUUUGUUGGUUCAGUUUGGAGGAAAGGCAAAGAGCAGAAAAGAGAAAUCGAGAGGCAAACGGCCAUAAGUUCAGUCCUAGAUGGUUUGAUUUGACUGAUGAAGUUACCCCAACGCCAUGGGGAGACCUGGAAGUGUACAAGUACAAUGGGAAGUACUCCGAGCAUCGGGCGGCUAUUGAUACCUCGGACAGCGUUGAGGAUGGCAGCGAUCCCCUAGCAACAGAGUUCAAUCCUUGGCAGUACAGCAAUGUAUCUGAGGAAUGAAUUUGUUGAUGGUAUCAGAUCUACAGCUGUUAGAUUCUGCAGCUACAGACCCGAGUUUUGCCGUUAUGUAGAUUUAACUUGCUUGUGGAGUGUGUACAUUGUAUCAUCAUUAUUAUUAUUUUUUUUAAUCUUAGUGAUAUCAGCUUAUUCUGUCUUUUUUUUUUUGUUUGGGGAUGUGUAUUUUAAUGGUAUGUUUACCUUUUUUUUGGGAGCUGAAGAAAGUGACAGACUUACUCUGCCCUUACUUAUCCGUCACCAUAGUCGAGAUUUACUUGAUGAGAAAGGCAUGUAAAAAUGUGCAUGAAUUGGCAUUUGAAGAGCUUCAUUGUCUUAAUUUGCAAUCCAACCAACCGUGAACAUGAAGAUCAAAAGCACAUCUAUGUCCACUGCUUUUUUUUUCAAGUCAGGGAAAAAUAAAAGAGAGCUUGUUAGUGUUCGUCAUUGAUUAGAAGGGGUUCCAACAUCCAACAUCCUCAAUCUCGUCAUACUUAAUUUAUCUUACGCAACACCCAAUUAAUCAAUCUAUCUAUCAUGAGUAUUGAGUACUAGUAUUAACCUACCACUAUGGCUGUUGUUGUGCCAUCACUGAUAUGGAGAUGCCGAAACUUUUAUGUGUUCCGGCCCAAGUUCCAAUCCAGUCUCAGAAUCUUGUUCCUCAGGAAAUACGCUCACCAAUUUCUC